AUUCUAUCCAUCCAUACUUUCUGUAAAUUCAUUUAUAGUGUGAUACGUAUAUUUAUCGUAAAAGCUAAAUGAUUUUAUUUAAUUAGAAUUGAUUUUGUUAAUUAAAUAUACGAAAGAAGAAUAAUACCAUGCGCUCCUUUUCAAAAUGAGUAGUUUGUAAUCAAGGACGAUGAAGGCGUUUAAACUUAUAGUCCACCAAAACAGCUUCAGUCCUGUGGACUUAAUAAUCAGUUUAAAAGAUUAUUCUGGACUUAAAGAAAAAGACAUAGUGGAAAUAUACCACCCUGAAAAUGACUAUCCCAGGCUGCUGCUACAAGUAAUUAAGGAUGCCCCAGGGAGAGGCAGAGAUACCAUCAGUGUGGAGCAAAGCAUCGCCACCACAUUCCAACUGCGGACAUUUGCUGAUGUUUAUGUAAACAUAGUGAAUGUGCCAGAUGUGGCCCUGGACUCCGUAGAGCUCACCUUCAAGGACCAGUACAUGGGUCGCUCGGAGAUGUGGAGGCUGAAGAAUCACUUGGUCAGUACAUGUGUAUACCUCAACAAAAAGAUAGAGUACUGUGGCGGUGCCAUAAGAUGUCAGGUCUACGAGAUGUGGUCACAGGGCGACCGCGUGGCCUGCGGAGUUAUCACCGAAGAUACGAAAAUCGUCUUCAGAUCGUCGACCUCCAUGGUGUAUCUGUUCAUACAGAUGUCCUCUGAAAUGUGGGAUUUUGAUAUACAUGGGGACUUGUACUUUGAGAAGGCUGUGAAUGGGUUCCUUGCUGAGCUUUUUACGAAAUGGAAGAAAAACGGUAGCAACCAUGAAGUGACAAUUGUGCUAUUUUCGAGAACAUUCUACAAGGCUAAGUCUUUGGAAGAGUUUCCACAACAUAUGAAAGAAUGCCUGCAAAAAGACUACAGGGGCAGGUUUUACGAAGACUUCUACAGAGUGGCAGUUCAAAAUGAGCGUUACGAGGACUGGUCGAAUGUGCUCCUGCAGCUAAGGAGAUUGUUUACCGACUACCAGAAAAUCGUCCUUCAAUAUCACGAGAGGCCUAACAUGGAGAUUCCAACUGCUAUCAACUCAACUGCGGCGCAGGGGAACUUCCUUGAAGUUCUCAAUAUGAGCUUGAAUGUAUUCGAAAAACACUACCUAGACAGAUGUUUCGACAGGACCGGUCAGCUCAGCGUAGUCAUAACCCCCGGAGUCGGCGUGUUCGAAGUGGACAGGGAACUGACAAACGUCACCAAACAACGAAUCAUAGACAACGGUGUCGGCAGCGACUUGGUCUGCGUUGGCGAACAACCUCUACAUGCCGUCCCACUCCUAAAGUUUCACAACAAAGACAAUAACCUCAACUCCAUAGACGAUUACUCCAUGCCUCAUUGGAUCAACUUGUCGUUUUACUCUACGAACAAAAAAGUUGCAUACUCUAACUUCAUUCCAAGAAUAAAAUUACCGCCUCGUAAGAGUCAAGAGCCGCUUAAAAAAAUGUACGAAGAUGAGAGAAAAAGCAAGCUUUUAAAGGAGGACGAAUAUAUGCACAAUUCUAUAUUUGAUUAUGAUGCGUAUGACGCGCAAGUAUUUCAAUUGCCACCGGCGCAUAGCACUUGUGUGCAGAGGGUUGCUCGAACUAAGAAGACCUCGGUAGCUGGCCUGGAAGGCUUGAGGAGGAGCCCGCCUGCGUCCAUCGCACACAGGAAAAUGUCCGAUCCUGACAUCCACCACAGCCUUGGAGACAUUCUGUCUACAGGAAUCAAACGUUGCGAUUCCGGUUGUGACACACCGGACUCGCCCACCGGCGCGCGGCUUUCACCACGGAGUUCCAUCUCAACCCACAAGCCCGUCAUAAGAACGGGACGAGCAUUGAUCAAUCCCUUCGAUCCGUCACAUGUCACCGUCAAACUGACUAGUAAUAGGCGGCGGUGGACGCAUAUAUUCCCUAAAGGACCAACUGGAGUGUUGAUACAGCAGCAUCACUACCAAGCGCGACCGGCCGGCGAGCAUCCGUCCAGAACCGAAAACCAUCGUAACAACACCCGAGAAAGCCACCGAGAAAGCCAUCGAGAGAGCCACCGGGAGCGACGGGAGAGCCACCGAGAAAACUUGCCUAAAGAAAAUGGGUCGCCCAUGAUCAAUAAUAACCAUCCUAUUUACCAGGUCGACGGCAACAUAAUAUCCCAAAGCCGCAAACGCAUGAUCAGCGCUUCAGGUGCCCUGAACAUUCUGGGCACUGUAUUAGGCCCACCGUCCACCAACAAUGCAUCCCUGGCUUUGCUAUGGGGCGCUACUGGCGAGCAGGAGUGGACACCCGCCCUUACUACAGCGAACCGAGCCAUAGGCGUGGAUUGGAAAUCGCUUACCAUCCCAGCUUGCCUGCCGAUCACAACCGACUACUUUCCUGACAAGCGGUCCCUUCAGAACGACUAUCUUGUGUCAGACUAUAACCUGCUGCCUGAUGAUGUGAAUGCCGACUUUGCACAGAACAGGGCCAUUUACAAGGAACCUUUGACUACUAUGGAAGUUUUUAAAGAGUUGGUGUCGCAGAGGUUGGCUCAGGGCUUCCAAUUGAUAGUGGGCGUAAGUGAUAGUGACGUGAUUGAAGCACAUUGUCCGUCGACACCUGCGCCGCCGCCUUCCAAGGUGGCACCGCAACACAGCAAACCUGUCAACCAGGCGCCUACAAAGAGGUUCCUACUGUCCAUCGGCAGAAUAUUCCAUAAGCUGACCCUCGUCGGCUCCACCAUCACAGUCACGAGAUACCGACCGAGACAUCCGUACCCGCCGUUCAACAUCCACUACCGGUACCGGUUCCACGCGCCGAACCACGACACGUACGAGGUGUCCUGGGUGUCCUUCACCACCGAGAAGCUGGAGAACUACAACUGGAACUACAUGGACCACUACAUCUGCACACGCGGCGACACCGACUUCGCUCUUGUUGAGGCUCUCAAAUACUGGCGGUUCCGCACCCUCCUAUUGCCUCUUCACAACCCAGCCACCAAGCAAAUCCUUGAAGACGAGUCCACUCACUGCGACAUUUACCCCACGCCCACGCGACAAGACUUGGACCAGCUCACUGACGGAUUCCUCAAAAUGACAGAAUCCUACUUCAAUAAGGUCAAACGACCUAAUAAGCAGAGGAUGGCGCUCGGCGGCUGCGACAGCGCGCUCACGCGGCGGCGCCACUCCACCUCCAUCCUCAGGCCCAGCGCCCAGGGCGGAGUGAGCUCGCCGUUCCGCGAGCGCGUCGGCAGCACCCGGCUACCGGACCGGCCGCGGCUGCGCGUCGAGGCUAUGGCGGCGGCGAAAACUGUUUUAGAGAGGACCCAAUCACAAACAGGCGAAUCGGACGACACAUACGAUGACAGCGUGGUAGAACCGAAGCUGAAAUCAACCGCAUCGCUAGCAGACAUCGUGGAGCGCAUGCGGCACCCGCAGCUGGGCGUGGGCUUCCUACAGCAGACCGUGAGCCUGCCGUCGCACGCCUUCGUCUCCAUAUACGCCAUACACUGGCUCCAGGCUAAUGUGGAAGGCGUAACUUAUGAGAAGGCCGCGCAAAUCAUGGAGAAAAUGUUACAAGAGAAAAUGAUAUGCCACGCUUCUGGCGAUACUACCAAGCGUUUUGUCGUUGGGUACUACAUGUAUCACAUCCUACCUCAGAAGACAGACAAAGACCCAACAGACUACGUGCGCCCCCUCGGCGACCUCCAAAGCUUCGAGAACGAGUGGAUGGAAGUGGAAGUCCUCGGGCCACGAUCCCCGCUCGUGCCGCACGAGGCUAGCUCGGGCGCCUUAGACAUCUCCGGCUGCAGCCCACAAACCGACCUCACCGGCGUGCCCGCCUUCCUGUGCGACAAUAUCGACCCCGACUACAUGCACUGCGACAACGAUAACGACAUGCCACUCUACAAGAACACACAUCUCGAUAUCGAUGUGAACAACAAGAGCGACCGCAUUGAGUGGGGUCAUGCACGCUACCAGGCCACGUUUAGACCCGACCAAGCUUAUGAGAUGUGUAUACAGUGGGCCGUCGCGUCAGGGAACAUCGUCGCCGAACUGAUCUUUGGCUGGGCUCGCAAAGCUCAGAACUGCCGUCUACAGAUGGUCCCGAUCCCAGCGGACCCUCUCGCCUUGCCGUUCACGCUCAAGUCGGACCCUCUGCGCGGACCGAUCUACGUGCCGCUCAACGAGGAACCGCUGCUUAGGAACAAGAAUGCGCUGUUUGAAGGUUUCCCAGAAGACACUUGGCUCGAGCGACUAUUCCUCUUCCAAGAGGCGAUAGUCGGUCGGUUCGGCUUCAUAAAGUGCACGGUGGAGAGCACGUCGCACGCGGCCGGCGUCGGCGACCACCUGUACGUGCACGUGACCGGCAACAUGUUCAUCCUGAUCAUCACCACGGUCAAGAGCGAGCAGAAGGCGAGGGGGACGCGCCGCGCCAACAAGCCGCUUAACGCCAGCAGGUAUCCUGUGCAUUUUGAAGCGGCGCCCAGCCCACACGAGGCCUACAUAACGCGGCACGUGAGCGGCAAGAACAAAGAUGACUACGACAACAGUCGACGAAUGGGAUUCCUAUGGUCCUGGAAUCACAUGAUAUCGAAGAAGUGGAAAUGGUCGCAGUACCCGGCGACCGGAGACGAAGCCUUCCAAACGCGAAUGCUGCGAGACUUCAAACACUUCUGUGCCAACCAGGAGCAGCGACUUAGCCAGUUUUGGGAUCAGUGCUGGGAGCUUCAAGAGAAAGCCCAUGGAAUUGAUUUAGAAUAAUUAUUUUUAAUAUUGGAAACCAAAAAUAUUUAACUAUUAAAUAUAAGCAUUUUUUACGUUACAA